AUGGAGGUCACCAAGAAGGCGGGGGACCCUGAGACAUUGGGCCCCUGGGACUACCCCUCAGACAGAAGCCAGCGGCUGGGGAGUAGCCUCAGAGGGCCCCAGGGACUAUGGGCAAACUCAGGGUCCAUAUACCUGAGGCCGGGGUCGUCACUGCCCACUGAGGCCGUCCCUGAGGGGGCCUACAGCCCAGCCCUCCAGGUCUAUGUCCCUGAGUCCAUCUACCAGCUACUCCUGGACCCUGCUGAGGCUGGUGCACAGGCUGGCUACGAGCAGGCCUCCCCCGAUGCCACGAGGGCCUCCUCCGCUAGCCUGUUGCCAAGCCCCAUCGUGGGAGCCCAGUUGCAUCUCAUCAUGGAGGAUGGGACCCUGGCCCUACCCUUGAACAUGCACAGUGACAGCACCAGUGACGUGGUCCAGCACGGACUCGGCUGCCCCUGGUUUCAGGUGCAGGGCACGAGGGAGGGCAAGGCUCCAGCUAAAGUCCUGGUGGGCUGGGGCAAAGGGCCCUGCAGCGCCGACCAGAGAGCUCCCUUGGGCGUUAGGACGAGCCAGUGGCUCCCCUCUUCCCUUCCAGGGGAGGAUGGCUCGGCUCUAGCCCCGGGUCCUCUUCUGGCUGCAGCCCAAGGUCAGGACCAGGGUGAGUGCCGGUGCCUGGCUCACGCUCCUCCGCCUUCACCUCUGGCAAAUGCUCCAGCUCUGGGGGCACCCCCAAAGCCAGCAGCAGUCGAACCUUACACCUGCAGCCCCGACCACCUGACUGGCAGCACCACCGUCGCCAAGGGCUUGUCCCGAGACCCCCUGCUCAGGAAGUGUGGCAACCAACUGUCAGUCCUCUUGGAGCCUUCCGGCGUGGCCACAUCUUGCCAGGACAGAGUGAAUUUCGGUUCUCAGGGGAAGCAUCCCACCCCGGGACCCAUUCAGAAAGAGCUCCCCGGCCAUGCCCACGAGCUCCAGGUUGCCGGAAGGCAGGUGUUACUCCAGCAGCCUGAGAAGCCGCUGGCCUAUGCCUCCAGGCCAGACAGCUCAACAUCGGUCUCAGGAAGGCCGGGCACCCCCAAGUUCUGCUGGAGGAGCAGCCAGCAGACCUGCGGCCCCCAGUCAGCCAGGCAGCCCCUCACAGUUGGCAACACCACCUGCUUCAGUGUGCCCCUCUAUGCCUGCCAAGCCACCCACCACGAGCCGUGCCCAGUCCAGCCUCUGGAAGAAGCCAUGCAGACCGCCCUCUCCACUGCUCCUGCCUGCUAUCUCUGGGACGCCCAGGAAGACCGUGUGCUGGUGUUUGAUGUGGCCACGGGCGACACCAGGAUAGGACAGCUGUGCCAUGACCCCAUGGGCUCACGAGCAGUGCUGGUGGGCCUCACGCCCAGACACUCGGCCGUUUAUGCCCCUGAAAAUACGCCGUCCCCCUGGCCAGCGGCCGUGCCCGUCGCCUCUCCUGACAGCAACCACCCCGGCUUCUGGCCCGUCUCGUCGGUGCUGUCUAGCCCUGUGCCCUCCAGCAUCUCUCCUGGCAGCUACCGAGAGGUGGCCCUGGUCCCCAAGGAGGCCAGGCUCCACCUGGACACCCCUGGGACUGAGACACCCGUCAGGGUGGGGAUGCUUACUGGGCCUGUGCAGUUGGGGAUGCCCCUCCAAUUUGGUGCGAGGACGUUGAACCAGGUCCAUGGUCUUGGCUACUCCGAACCUAACGCUGAAAAAACUGAAUCCAGUCACACCAUCUGGACGCGGGAUGCUGCCGGGGCGCAGGAUGCAUCCAUGGCCCAGGCCAGGAAACUGCAGCAGGUGGACGCAGGGUCAGCCCCAGAGCCUGCUCCUUCAGCUGCACCGCAGGAGGCGCCCCGAUCCCUGCUCCUGGAGGACAGGGGCGCACACGGCCGGAAAGAGGUCCACGCCACUCACCCCAACAGACCCCAGGCUGAAGGCGCUAGGCAGGACCCGCGCGGUGAGCCCGUCCUCCCAGGAGGCCCCCCGUCCCGCAGGGAGGCUGGCCAGGCUUCCGUGCUGCACCAGGAGCGGGAGGCCUUGGGUCUGCCCACCCACGUGGGGGUGCUUCGGGUGCCCCUGGCCCCUGAAAAGACCCACGGUGUCCACGUGGGCAGAGAAAAGGCCGGCAUCGGUGCCACUCCAAGCUCCGGCACACGGCGGCGCUCACCCUGGCCACCGGGCGGCUCUCUCGGCGCCCCGGAGGAGCAGCUCUCCCUGACCACGCCCACCACACCCGGCCCUGGCUGCAGGGUCUUGCCCAUGGCCACGGGGGGCACUGAGCCCCAGGGUCCCCAGCCCAAGCUGGCGGCUGAGGACAGUACGGACUCUGCAGUGGUCACAAAACCUGGCCCGCUCCGUGGGGCCUACUCCGAGCCGGCGUCCCCCACAGACUUUCUGCUGGUACGGUCCCCAGCUCCCUGCUGCCACUCCCUGGGCCCUUAUCAGGACCUGGCAGCUGUAGUGAUCGACACAGGAACGGGCUUCACCAAGUACGGACUGACCGGAGAGGACCACGUCCUCGGCGUGGUGCCCUCAUGCGUGCAGGCGCUGCAGCCGCCCGACCAGCACCAGCCCGGGUGCACGCUGCCCAAGGACGGAGAAGGCCCCCGCACGAUGCUGAAUCGCGGGGUGGUCUCCGACUGGGACGCGCUGGAGGCACUGUGGCAGCACCUGUUCUUCUGCAGGCUGGGCGUGCAGCCCGAGGAGCUGGCCGUCCUCGUAGCCGACUCGCCCAUCUCGCCGCGCACCAACCGCGAGAAGGUGGCCGAAAUUCUCUUCGAGCAUUUCCACGUGCCAGCCAUGCAGACGGCGCACCAGGCCCUGCUGGCGCUCUACGCUUGCGGGCGCACCACUGGGCUGGUGCUGGGCAGUGGGCACGGCACCUCCUACGUGGCGCCCAUCCUCACGGGCGAUCUGGCCCCGCUUGACACCUACCGCCUGGACGUGGCCGGUGUGGACCUCACUGAAUACCUGGAUCAGCUGUUGCGGGCUGGCGGCCACCCGCCACCCGAGAAAGGGCUGGUCAACCAGCUUAAAGAGGCCUGCUGCUACGUGGCGUUGGACGUGAAAGCCGAGAUGGCCCGCACCCAGGCCCAGGCCCGGGUGGACUUCACACUUCCGGACAAGCAGGUCUUCACGCUGGGCUCCGAGCGCUUCUGCUGCCCCGAGGCCCUCUUCCAGCCCGAUCUGCUGGGCCUCGACCAGCCGGGCCUCCCACAGCUAGCCCUCCUAAGCAUCAGCCGGCUGGAGGCCAAGCAGCAGGAGCAGCUGCUGGCCAACGUGGUGCUGGAGGGCGGCAGCACCAUGCUGGCUGGCUUUCCUGAGCGCCUGAGACAGGACCUGGGUCCUCGGGCAACCGUGCUGAGCUCUCCCCACCGCGCAGUUGCCGCCUGGCUCGGGGGCUCCAUCAUGGCAUCCCGGGACUCCUUCCAGAGCCUGUGGCUCAGCCGCCGUGAGUACGAGGAGGAGGGCCCAUGGGCCAUCUACAAGUACCACCUGUGA